GCACCCUGGUGGCGUCACCGCCGUGCGCCGCGGCGAAGGACACGGCGCUCCCCGCCACACAGACCCAGGGCGGGUCUCACUGGCGUCGGCGAAGCCAUGAGCGGCUACACCGAAGACGAGAAGCUGCGGCUGCAGCAGCUCCGCGCCCUGCGGCGCCGCUGGCUGCGGGACCAGGAGCUGAGCGAGCGGGAGCCCGUCCUGCCGCCCCGCAAGCUGGGCCCGGUGGCCUCCUUCUGGGAGCGCUUCCUGCAGCCCGGGGGGUUCUGGCGGCAGCAGGUCUACAAGGUCUGCAACACCAGCGGCUUCAUCGUGACACGGGUCCUGAUCCCCGCCUGGAUCAUCGCCUACUACCUGAAGUACCACGCCAUGAAGACCCCACACGGUGUCGUUCUGUCCAAUCCAGCCAUCUUCCCGGGGGACAGGAUUUUGGAGACAGGAGAAGUCAGGCCAGGCCUGAAAGAAGACCCCCACGAGCACCACUGAUGGCCCAGCGCUGGCGUCCUGCUGUGGUGAACAAGGCAACAGCAGCUUGAUAAAAGAGUCCUGCCUCUGCCUCA